AAUAGUGAAAAAAUGACUCUGAAACGGAUAACGUUUAGCGGAAGGUUGGGUACACAACAUGGAGAUGGUGAGAGGAGUUUUCGAGGUACCCUAGUCCGUGGUUUGAUAUGCAUGGUACUCGAUAUUUCCAUAACACUUGUGGUUUCGAUUGUUAUUUUCUACACAUUCAGUGGUUAUGCGAUAUCUCCUUAUGAGCGACCGAUUCCGUGUAACGACGAGUCAAUUAGACAACCAUUCAAACCGAACACCGUCGGGAUGAAGCAGCUUCUAGUUGUUUCUUUAGGAUCACCGUUCCUUAUUAUUUGCUUUGUUGAAGCACUACACUUUCGUUCAUACAACCACAAUGAUGGCUCUAAUAAACUCGCCAAUUACUUCUCUACUUCGACGUUGCUAUAUUUAAAAUAUUUACUCACGUACACGUUGUGCACGAUUUUGAUGGAAUACUUCAAGUGCACUGUCGGUCGGUUGCGUCCACAUUUUUUUGCAGUCUGUCAACCCGACUGGUCACGUAUGGACUGCACGAAAAAAGAUUAUAUUCCAGUUUCUGAAACCUACUGUAUGAAUCCGGAUAGCCGUCGAAUACGCUCGGCUAGAACAUCUUUUCCUUCUGGACAUGCUGCAGCUGCCUUUCAUGUACUAAUUUUUCUCUGCAUUUAUUUGCCAAGAAUGGCAAAAGUAACUGGAAUUCCGUAUUUGUAUAAGAUACGGAAUACACUUUUGGUGAUAUACACAAGUUGGACAGUGUUCACGGCCAUAACACGCGUUACUGACUUCUGGCACCACUCUACGGAUGUCCUAGGAGGUAUCGUUCUGGCAGCAGUGUGUGUGAUACCUGUCUUUGGAUGGCAAUGGAAGAAUGAUGAUGAAGUUUAUGUCCCUCGUCAACUAACCCAGAGUCAUCUCCAUAUUGAAUAA